AUCGAUAGGACGUCGUCGUUUACACAGAAACUGAUGACGUCAAUCGAUUGUCUUGAAACUACAUGUUAUGGAACCUUUAGCAACAACAAGUAAAUGUUUACGAUAUGAGCAUCGAACCUGAACUUAAAAAACGCAAAAUGGAGCCACAUAUUGGAGGAGAUAACGGGACUGUCCAAAAUGAUUCUUCGAAAUCUGUUCACAAUUUGGCAUCUCAAUCAGCGAGUGGCGAUUUUGGAGCGGACGAUUUGCACCAGUAUGUAAUGGCAUUACCAGGAGAGGAGGGCGAGUCAAACCCUGCCAACUACAAGAUCAUUCGUCAGGGGUGUGCCCUGGGGGACGAGUGGGUCCAAACAUACCCUCCGCCACUUAGCUCGUAUCCUGCUCGAAGCAUCAGAACUGGAAACAGUUUCUAUGAUAGUUUUGUUCAUAAUAUUACAAAGUUAGCAGGUUUUCGACCCCUGAGAACAUUAGCUAAAGGAAGAUCAGGAGCGAUUAUAUUAGCUCAAGACCUACACAAGGUGAACCAUUAUAAAGAGAGCGAGUAUAUCCCAGUGGUGCUGAAACUGAACUCCUCCAAACCGCGACGGAAAACCAAAAUCACCCUCAAAACAGACAUGGAUGAGGAAAUGAGAAUUUUCAAAGAGUUAAAUCAUUGUAACAUUGUCUCUUGGAUUAGCAACAUAAGCUGUCAUGGUCGAAUCGGAAUCGUUAUGGAAUUUUGUGAAAAUGGGAAUUUGGAACAGAUACUGCGAAUACACGAUGCACGUUUUUUAACAGAACCCGUAUGUAGGAGAUAUUUCAGAAAUAUCUUUGACGCAGUAGAGUAUAUUCACCUACAAAAUAUUGCCCACAGAGACAUCUGCACGCAAAACGUCUUCUUAACUUCUCAAAAUACUCUAAAGUUAGGAGAUUUUGGACAUGCUGUGUAUUUCUUUACAGGAGAUCAGUUGCUAAAGGACGAGUGCGGAACCAUUGGGUUUCAAGCCCCAGAAAUCGUCAACGAGGAAGCAUACAAUCCUAAAUAUGCUGACAUUUGGUCAUUAGGCUGUACCCUGUACCGUAUGUCUACCGGUCGGCUUCCUUUGGGAGUAAUCCCUAACCAAAUCAAGGAGCGUGCAUCCAAAGAAAUCCAGUUUCCAGAGAAGCGUGUUUUGGAUAUUUCGCAACCUCUGAGAGAGAUCGUCCGUGGCGCCCUCGCCUUCAAUCCUGGUCUACGCUUUACUUUGAAUCGGAUCAAACAUUGCGAUUGGAUAAAGGAUUCCUGUAGUAAAGUCCAGAUAGGGAACUUUCACAUAAUUCGACAACCUCGGAAGAUCCGAGAAGGGGAGGUGGAACAAGCGCUCAAGAAGCGUUAUGAAAUUUAAGUUUUAGUAUGCCUAGAGAAUCUUCAAUCAUGUGUCUCAUUUCCGGCCCAUGUUCCUCAUUUAAUUCUUGAACAGCAAUAAAUUUUUAUCAAAUUGAUGCA